AUGCUAUCCAGAUUCUUCCUCUGUUCCUGCCUUCCCACCUUUUUUUUUUCUUUCUUUCUUUCUUUCUUUCUUUCUUUCUUUCUUUCUUUCUUUCUUUCUUUUCUUUCUUUCUUUCUUUUUUCUUUUAUUCUUCCUCUGUUCCUGCCUUCCCACCUUUUUUUUUCUUUCUUUCUUUCUUUCUUUCUUUUCUUUCUUUCUUUCUUUCUUUUUCUUUCUUUCUUUCUUAUUCCUUUUUCAAUGAUUUUCUUUCUUUUUUCAAUUCUUCCUCUGUUUCCUGCCUUCCCUUUUUUUUUCUUUUCUUUCUUUUUUUUUUUUUCUUUCUUUCUUUUCUUUCUUUCUUUCUUUCUUUUAUUCUUAUUUUUCAAUGAUUUUCUUUCUUUUUCGAGUUUCCUUGAUAAAAGUCGUCGAUCUCUUUAUUCUAAUGCUAUCCAGAUUCUUCCUCUGUUUCCUGCCUUCCCACCUUUUUUUUUUUUUUCUUUCUUUCUUUCUUUCUUUCUUUCUUUCUUUCUUUCUUUCUUUUUAAUUUUCUUUCUUUUCUUAUUCCUUUUCCAUGAUUUUCUUUUCUUUUUCAGAUUUUCCUUGAUAAAGUCGUCGACCUUUUCUCUUUAUUCUAAUGCUAUCAGAUUCUUCCUCUGUUCCUGCCUUCCCACCUUUUUUUCUUUCUUUCUUUCGUUUCUUUUUCUUUGUUUCUUUCUUUCUUUCUUUUUUUUCUUUCUUUCUUUCUUUCUUUCUUUCUUUCUUUCUUUCUUAUUCCUUUUUCAGCCAUUUUUCUUUCUUUUUUCAGGUUCCUUGAUAAAAGUCGUCGAUCUCUUUAUUCUAAUGCUAUCCAAAUUCUUCCUCUGUUCCUGCCUUCCCACCUUUUUUUUUUUCUUUCUUUCUUUCUUUCUUUCUUUCUUUCUUUCUUUCUUUCUUUCUUUCUUUCUUUUUCUUAUUCCUUUCCAAAUUUUCUUUCUUUUUCGAGUUCCCUUGAUAAAAGUCGUCAAUCUCUUUAUUCUAAUGCUAUCAGAUUCUUCCUCUGUUUCCUGCCUUCCCACCUUUUUUUGCCUUUCUUUUUCUUUCCUUUUUUUUUUUCUUUUUCUUUCUUUCUUUCUUUUUCUUUCUUUCUUAUUCCUUUCCAAUUUUUUUUCUUUUUUUUUUCAGAUUUUUCCUUGA